AUGAAGCUGGUUUUAAUACUGUUUAUCACGUGUCUAUACGUAGAUGGAAGCAACCGAACAUACAAACGGAAACUUCGUGUCAUAAUUGACAAUGAUGCAGAAACUAACAGUUACACGGUAACGAGCCAAGCCGAGUGUUUUAAACGAUGUACAGAAGAUUGUGUCGCUCUUUCCUACACGGCUUCGGAAGGACGAUGUAAAACAUUUAAUCGUAAAUUUGAGGACAGCAGCAGUUCAGACAUCAGCAUCUCAACAAUGUUCUUCUACAGAACCGCACAAGAUUGUGAAGAUGUGUACCCUCGGAACGGAUCGGGAGUUUACCAUAUAGAGACGCAGGGAGGGGACACUUAUAACUUGUACUGUGAUAUGGAGACUGCGGGGGGUCCAUGGAAUGUUAUACAGAACAGAGGAGAUGGAGAUGUGGACUUCUAUCGCAACUGGACUUCGUACAAAACAGGCUUCGGGAACCUGGAGGGCGACUUCUGGUUAGGUAAUGCGAUGAUUAACAAGCUCACAAAGCAGGAGUGUAAACUGUUGGUACAAUUAGAGGCGUGGGAUGGUAGUAUGGGAUACGCUGAGUACGCCCGUUUUCAGGUGGCGGACGAGGUAAACAAGUACAAGGUGCUAGUUGAUGGAUUCACAGGAAAUACAAGUAAUUCGUUCGAAAGACAGAGUGGCUAUAAGUUUUCGACCUUUGACCAAGACAAUGACAUCUUCCAGGAGCAUUGCGCUGUUGUGUUUCGCGCAGGUUGGUGGUUUAAAGACUGCAGUAGUACAAACCUCAAUGGCCCGUAUGCUAGUGAUACAGGAACGGACAAAAGGUUAUCUAUGCACUGGCAAAGUUUCUUCUCAGACCGCUCGACGGUUCUAAUGAAGAAGUCCCGGAUGUUGAUAAAGAGACAAAAAUAA